AUCAGCGUUCGGUCCGUUUUCCAAAAUAAUUUCUUCAGUUUAGUGUCGAAAUUUAUCGGUAAAUUAAUGUGACUCUGUUGUUAAAAGAUCCAAAAAGGUGUCCUACCAUAAUAGCUUCAAAAAAGGUGGCUCCAUUCUCUCCCUGCUCGAUGCAGUCAAAUCUAUAUCCGGAAGAUCCCUUAUUUGGCUACUGGAAUGAUCUGGACGGUGGUCCUCCGCCGGGAUUCGGCUUGCCACCACACCAUCCCAUGCAUAGUUCUCCGUUCGAUAACGGAACAUUCGGCUUUGUUCCACCGCCGCCUGUAUCGAUUGCGCUGCCCUGUCCGGUAGAACCGCCUAUGUGUCCACCGAUUCCGUGCCACCCUCCCGGGCCAAUGGGACCAAUGCACAGAAACUUUCCGCGCUACCCUCCAGCUACACUUGCCCCACUGCAGGCGAUGAUCCCGGGACCGGGGCCACCGGGUCCUCCACCUUUGCUGGGUCAAGUAACGCACCAUUUCGCUUCCUUCCCGCAACCUCAGCAUGUGCUUCCUCCGGCACCGGUGCCUCUUCCAAUCCCGUUGGAUCAUGGUCUCGAACGAAAUCAGCUCAAUGACAUGGGCCAGAUGGAGCAGGUCGUGGUCAAGAAUGGGCAGGUGUUUCACAUCAGCUUUCUCGAUGAAACGGGUGAAUCUGAACAGCCUUUGGCGGAACUUCCAACGCCAAGUGCCAGUGACGACGGAGAAAGCGAAGAAAGGGAUUGGAUCAAUUAUGACGAGCUGCCACUGCUGCAAAACGUGGCCGGUGGUGCGACCGAGAACGGUUCGUUCAAGUGUGGAUAUUGCACAAAGGAACUCAAAACUGCGCUGAAUCUUUACGUUCACGAGCAAACGCACAAAACGGACCGGCUGGACUGCAAAACCUGCGGCAAACGGUUCAACCGGAUCGGUAAGCUCGAGCAUCACAUCGCGCAGCACCAUCCGGAAGUGGUGGCCGACGAAGCGGGAACUCCGCUGAGUCCGUCCGGAACUCCGGCGUUGAACGAUUUCAGUAAUUACUGUGUCGAGUGCGAAGAGUUUUUCACCAGCGAAGAGGAACUACAAAAUCACAUGGAGCAGAACCAUCGGCUGAUUGACGAGCCAAAGUCGCCCAAGGAGGCUCGGAAAAGCAUCGGAUGUCCGUUUUGCUUCGAAUCGUUCGAGUGGCCCUGUUUGCUAAAGACACACAUGACAAAACACACGGGGGAAAAGCCAUUUAUUUGCGAACGCUGUAACGUUUCCUUCCGGUUUGUGCAGAGCUUCUAUCGACACAACCGGAGGGUGCACGGGCGGGAGAAAUAGUCUUCAAACGGGUAGCUCAGCCCCGAAUCCGAAACGGCGGUUCGCACCACUAGUGGAACAAUGUUCUAAAGGAAACUCUUUUCUGAAAAGUUAUUAACCUGCAAUUUAGCGAUAAGCACAAACUCCUUACAUAAGGGCAACAAACAAACACACGAUGAGAUUAAUGCGCAAUCUAAAAAAAUAGAGAUUCUUCUUUUAAAUUGGUAUGAAAAACACUAACAUUAAUGAAAAAACUAAAUGAGUACGAUAUUUGUAAUUAAAGUGAAAAGGCUACAAAACAUUUUUGACUCAUCAAAACAAUUUCUUCCGUAGUUAAUCUGGAAAGUCUUUCCACAAACAUCAUCAGUAAAAAGAAACUAUAUUUUGGGACUCAGUUCCAAACACACAAAUAUUUGUUACUUAACCAAGUCUGUGUUACCAGUGUAUACCAUGAUUUACCUUGAAAUGACCUGUGUUAUUUGAUUUACAUACCUGUUAAGUAAAAGUUGUGGAAAUAUCCCCCUCAAACCCUUUUCAUCGGAAAUAACAUUUAAACAAGGAAACACAAAUAUUGCUUUGAGCAUGUUUUAUGUUUUGAUAAAAAAAAAUUAGCAUAUGUGAGUGUGUUGGAGAUGUACAACCGUUUAGUACCUAUUUUUACACGUUUGAUCAAAUAGAUUAUCUUGUUAGGCAGCGAUCUUCCUUGUUUUGAGUGUGUCUUCUAUUACUCACCCAAUUUUUCAGCUAAUAAAUAGUUAUUGGUAAAAUAUAAUUGUAAAAA